AAUCGUGGAGCCGGUGGCGGCGGCGGCGUCAUGGGCGCCCGGUCUUUGCCCCCGGCCUGGCUGCUCUAUCUCGAAGACCACCGCAUCUCUACGUUCAAGAACUGGCCCUUCUUGGAGGGCUGCGCCUGCACCCCGGAGCGGAUGGCCAAGGCCGGCUUCGUCCACUGUCCCACUGAGAACGAGCCCGACUUGGCCCAGUGUUUCUUCUGCUUCAAGGAGCUGGAGGGCUGGGAACCAGAUGACGACCCCGUGCAAAGGAAACCAGCAGUAAGAAGAAAGAAUUUGAAGAAACUGCAAAGAAGGUGCGCAGUGCCAUUGAGCAGCUGGCAUCCUUGGAGUGAGGCCUCCUGCCCUUUUCACCAGGCAGAGGCAUUGUCUCCAGGGCAUAAUCCUCAGCGUCUCCAACCUUCCUGGAGGCCCCUUAGGAAAGGAGCACGUCAAGGUUUUGAAAUGAGACAUUUCAAUUAUAUUUUCAUUUUUUCUUGAAAGUGGCACCGGCGGCUACUUCUGCCUCUGCAGCUGCUGCUGCUCGUUACAGUGACCGGCUCGCGCUCGCUCUCUCUCUGUCUCUGUCUCUCUCUCUCUGUCUCUCUCUCUCUGUCUCCGUCUCUCUCUCUCUCUCUCUUUUGUAGCUUUUGCUUUAUUGACUCCCGACCUGCCAGGUGAGAAGUGGUGAGGAGAGGGCAGCGUUUCUCUGCUAGAACCAAUGGCCCUCUUCACUCAACACACAAUGAGUGUGUCUGGGCCCCACGCUGGGGACCAGCUGUCCUCUCCAUCCUGGGUGUGGGCUCGGCCAUGAGUGUUGACUCUGAACUGCGGUUCCUCACCCGUCACCCCUGUGCUGCCUCAGCCAGCCUUUUUUUCUGUAGAUACAUAAUUUUUGUGUGGUAAGGAGGGGAACCGACACAGAGUCCCCAGCUCCUCCCAGCAUUUCACAACAUGGUUUUCUUAUUUUGUUUGAAUUACUAUUUCACAGAACAAUACGGACUACAACUAAAAGUAAGCACAAAGCCAUUCUAAGUCAUUAUGGAGACCAGGGUGGACUUCUUUAGGUGGCUGUGGAGCCUCAGU